AUCCUACUGUAUUUCAUGGCCUUACUCACCAAAGGUGAAAUCAGAUGCUACUGUGAUGCCGCCCACUGCGUGGCUACUGGUUAUAUGUGUAAAUCUGAGCUGAGCGCCUGCUUCUCCAGACUCCUUGAUCCUCAGAACACGAAUUCCCCACUCACCCAUGGCUGCCUGGACUUUCUCGCGAGCACAGCAGAUGCCUGCCAAGCCAAACAGGCACGAAACCACUCCGGCACCACGGUACCCACGUUGGGGUGCUGUCACGAAGAUAUGUGCAAUUACAGAGGGCUUCAGGAUGUGCUCGCCCCUCCCAGGGGGGACGCCUCAGGCCAAGGGAACAGGUAUCAGCCUGAUGGCAGCCGGAACCUCAUCACGAAAGUGCAGGAGCUGACCUCCUCCAAGGAGCUGUGGUUCCGGGCAGCGGUGAUCGCCGUUCCCAUCGCCGGGGGGCUGAUCCUGGUGCUGCUGAUCAUGCUGGCGCUGAGGAUGCUCCGGAGUGAGAACAGGAGGCUGCGGGACCAGCGGCAGCAGAUGCUGUCCCGCCUGCACUAUAGCUUCCACGGACACCACUCCAGGAAGGGGCAGGUGGCCAAGCUUGACCUGGAGUGCAUGGUGCCUGCCAGCGGCCACGAGAACUGCUGUCUGAGCUGCGACAAGAUGAGACAAGCUGACCUCGGCCACGAGAGGAUCCUGUCCCUCGUGCACUGGGGCAUGUACAGCGGGCACGGGAAGCUGGAGUUUGUAUGACGGAGCCUCCCCCCGAACUGACCUGCUGGGACCCUUGAAGGCCUCUGAGUUCUGCUGGACAGGAGCACUUUAUCUGAAGAAAAAUAAACUCCAUGGAAUCACCUUGGAGGGACAGGAUGACCUCUGCAAACAGAAUCUUGGAUGUUUCUUCUGAAGGAUUAUUUGCACAGACGUACAGACAGUUGAAAUGAAUUAUUUGCUUUAAAACGACAAAAAGCAAAGGGCAGACUCUGUACACUGUUACCAGGGUUAUUCUCAUCCAGAGGGAGCUGGAAUUGAGUACCUUAAAUAAACGAAAAUGUGCUCUGUGUAAGCUCCUACAUCUUGAUUUAUUGUAAAGAUUUUAAAAAUAUAUAUAUAUAUAUAUUUUGUCUGAACUUGAGCGGUGUCUUGUCAUAAAUUAAAAACUAAGUGGGAAGGAUAAGGACCUAAAUGUUAAUUAUACAGAUGAAGAUCUGUCAUUGUUCAGAGUAGAGUCUCAACUAUAGAUUUUGGCUUGAUUUUUUUUUUUUAACAAGACCAAGGUCUUGUUUAUUCUUCCGUGGUGCGUAGGUAAUUUUCUUACAGUGUGGAGAAUUUCUAAAUGUAUACUGCCCAUCAGUCAAGUGUCUUACCCACGGUUUUUUGUUAGGAUAAUUCUGGUGUUUUUGCUUUCAUAUAAGAGAAAUCUGAAACUUACUUAGACCAGGUCAGAUAUAAUUGAUCCAUUUCUGAAGUUGCCUUAGCAAAGGGUAAUAAUAAUUGUCACCUUUGUCCCGUGGCUCUGGAAUACAUUUUUAAAUGUGUCUACCUCUAAUCAAAACAGAAAAACAAAGGGAGUGGGGUUGUAGCUCAGUGGUAGAGCACAUGCUUGGCAUGCACGAGGUCCUGGGUUCAAUCCCCAGUACCUCCAUUAAAAAAAAACAAAAACUUAAACUUUUUUUGGUAAAGUUAGUCACUGUCUACGUUUACUGUUAAUUCUUUCAUCUGUUUAUUCUGUCUCAAACCUAAUUAAACGUUUUGGACCCCAAAGUAACCAAACAUUAUGGUACCAAACACCCAGUUUGUGAACCUUCCUUCCACACAGUGUUAUAAUAAUUUUUUUUUUUAACUUCUCAAUCUUUAGAAAGAUUUUCAAUAGUGAACAUUAUUUAUCAAUUAAGAUUUUAAAUAAGUUUCCUCCACAAAUGAUUCUUUUAUUAACAUAACCAAAUAGACCAUUGAUGUUAGCCUAAUCACAGUGUUUCCACUCCUGUAGGACUUUGGCAAUACUGCCCAGCCUGAGUUUAAAUCCAUGCCAUAUUUGUGUACUUUUCCCCCAAAAUGGGUCUUUGUUAUCUUAAAUGUGAGACUAAUUUGUAGGGUUUUUUUCCUCUCAAUUAUUUUGUAUAUUUGAAACUUUUGCUUAAAAAUUAACUUACAGCCUGCAUAUUUGAGUAUAUAGGGGGUUUUCUUCUAUGACUGUUAAAGCGUUUUUUUGCAUAUUUCCUGGAAUAUUUUAUGAGCUGCAUAACGUGGGUCCCUUAAGACAGACGCAGUGGCCCAGUCAUGGAGGAAUCUGAGUUGAAAUGACUGGUCUAAAAAUGAAUAUCUAGAUUAUUUAAUAAAUAGACCACAGCCCCAGACAAAUUAGGCUAUGGAAUAAAUACAUGUUUUAAUAAAUGACAGCA